UUUCCAACUUUAAGUGUUUAAUGUAAUGUAAUGUAAUGUAAUGUAAUGUAAUGUAAGGACUUUGUCGCCCCCUUGUGGUGAACAUAUAGAGCGCAUGUAAAGCGUCGUCUCGUUGUUUACGUCCGAACCCGGAACUGACAGCAGCACGGAGAUCUGGAUGUGGGCUCCAGAAGAGGAGGUGGUGAGGAGAUGGAGAAGGGAGCAGGAGUGUAUGAAGCAGCGCUUGGUUUUAGAGGACACUGAGGCCUGGCAGAAGGAGCUGGACUUCAGAGGGUUGGAGAGAGUCGGUGGAGUCGACUUGUCGUUUAUUAAAGGAGAUGAACACAAAGCCUGCGCUCAACUCGUCAUACUCAACUACCCUGAGCUCCAGGUGGUGUAUGAUGUCAGUGAGAUGGUGUGUCUCAGUUCUCCAUAUGUUUCUGGGUUUUUGGCCUUCAGAGAGGCUCCACCACUGCUGCAGCUUCUAGACACACUGAAGAGAGAGCAGCCUGAGCUAAUGCCACAGGUGUUGUUUGUGGAUGGAAAUGGUCUGUUUCACUACACAGAGUUCGGCUUGGCAUGUCACCUUGGCGUGCUAUCAGACCUUCCCUGUGUGGGCGUUGCUAAGAACCUGCUCCAGGUGCAAGGUGUGGCCAAAAACGAUGAGCACGUGUCACAGAUCAGCGCUCUAAGUAAAGCAGGUGACACUUUCCCUCUGGUCACCGAUUCAGGAAAAAUAUUGGGACAGGCUCUGCGCAGUUCAGAUCACAGCACUAAACCCGUCUAUGUGUCAGUGGGUCAUCGCAUUAGCCUGGACACGGCCAUCCGCCUCACACACUCAUGCUGUCGCUACCGUGUUCCUGAACCCACACGACAGGCGGAUCUGCGCUCGAGAGAAUACCUGCGAAGACACUUUCCCUCACCCAGCUAAACCCACACACACACACACACACACACACACACACACACACACACACACACACACACACACACACAGUCCAUUAACCUCCCCACACACUCUAGACUACACUGAUCAGGGAGUAUUGAUAAGACACCCACACACACCGCUGUAAGGAGUGAGACAACACUUAUCCUCUUGCACACACAACUACUAUAAACACACACACACACACACGCACACACACAGUCAUAUGUUUUCAUAUGUUUUUGUAGUAUUACUGUAGCGAGAAAGAGAGAGGAAAAGAACGGUUGUUGGGGACAGAUAAAAAGAGAGUUAAAGUGAGAGUGAGAGUGUGUGUGUGUGUGUGUGUGUGUGUGUGUGUGUGUGUGUGUGUGUGUGUGUGUGUGUGUGUGUGUGUGAUGAUUCUGUAGAGCUCUGAGAUCACACAGCAGAUCUGAAACACACACAGCACAUCAUUAGCAUCACCUAGGUUUCCCUUCAUCCGCACGUGUGUGUGUGUGUGUGUGUGUGUGUGUGUGUGUGUGUGUGUGUGUGUGUGUGUGUGUGUGUGUGUGUGUGUGUGUGUGUGUUUGUGUGUGUGAGAGAGAGAGAGACUUGAUGAGGGAUCAAAGCGUAGCACCAUCAGUUCUUGUUCACUCACACAUUCUUCAUCUACACAUUUAUCCUUCAUUUGACCUUUUUAUAUAACGGAGGAGUUUUAGUACACAAUCUGUUAAACUGGCUUUUACAAACACACACACACACACAUACACACA